CGUGAAUCUGGUCACCGAUGAGUAGCUAGCAGUUCUCGACUACAACUACGGUGGGACGUCCCCCAAGUAUCGGUCGUCCAAUCGAUCGUCCCCGGAUAAUGCGGACGUCACAACGGCUGGUCUGCCCAUCGGAGUGGGUGCUUUCAGAGCUGAAGAGUGAGGACGAUCAUUUAUAUCUAUAAGGGAACCAGCGAGAGUUGCACGAUGGCGGAUACAGUGGUUGUGACACCAAACUCCAUCCGCGAUAAGUCCAGCCGCUUUCGCAUGUUGACCUGGGUCAACGCGCUGCUCAAAACCGAUUUCAAAGAUGUGCGACAGACAAGUUCAGGUGCGUGUCACUGUCAGAUCAUGGACUGUGUUAUUCCUGGCUCUGUCGACAUGACCAAGGUGAAGUUUGAUGCACAAGGCGAGGACGACUGUAAACACAACUUCAGUCUCCUUCAGGAAGCCUUUAGCAAGAACGGCAUCACAAGGACGAUUCCAGUUGAAGAGCUCUUAAAGGGGGAUUUUAAAAGCAGCAUGGAGAUCCUGAAGUGGUUCAAAUCUUUCCAUGCGCAAAACAUGAAAAGUGACGAAUACGACCCUGUCGAAGCUCGGCACAGCCAGGAUAUCGCAGCGUUUGUGGCGUCUCCAUCAUCACGGAAAUCUGGGGAAUCAGGCACAGAAGAAAAUGGUACUGAGGCGACCAAAGCUCCUUACCCGUACACUAAAAAGUGGAAGGAUAUGUUCGAUUGGGCUGACCCUAGUGCUCUCGGAGACCAGCAUACUUUCUGCCGUACUUGUGACAGGAGCCUGAGCACGUUUCAUAAAGGUCUUUUUGAACUCAGGCGACACAUGGAAACGAAGAAACACAAGAGAAGGGCUGAGAUUGCCAAACGCGCUGCCCGGCAAAGCCAACGCUCUGAGCCUCUGCCCUGUAGCGACACGGCUAUCCAGUUUAUCUUCAAACAAUGUUACACCGGCUCUGCUAAACGCGAACAGGUGUCGAGACGUUUUGCACGCUGUAAACUGGGCUCGAAGUACCCCAAAGAUAUCGCAUCUGCUUGCCAGCAAACUCCUUACUGUGUAUACAUUUAUGAAGGGGUAACACUGGGAGAGGAUGACGCCGUCUCUGUGAUCCUUGUUGGGUUUUUUGAUAUGGAAGCUUCCAGACACCGCAUCCGAUUUCUGGAUGCUGUUCAGUCAGUGGGUGGCACAGGAGAUCAAACAGUGGUGGAGACCUUGAAGAAGUUCGGGUUACCCACAAAUAAUCUCGUUGCUGUUUAUUCAGACGGUAAUCGCAAGGCCUCGGAGCAGAUCUGCUCGCAGCUCAGGGAACUCAACCCGAACAUCGUAGCCUUAGGAGGGCUGUACACUGUCGCUGAUGCUGCUUGCCAUGCUGGAGUUAAAAUGCUCUCCAAUCAGGCUCAAGACUUAAUCGAGCAUAUCCAUGCGCAUUACUCCUCCUGCUCUACCAAGAACGACAACCUCAAGGCUCUUUUUGGCUCAGAUGUCGGUGCAGACAGUCCAUCAUUUCAUCUCAACACAAGCUGCCUUAACUUUUUCCAGUUAGUCACAAAAAUCUUGGAAAUAUGGACAGAUCUUAUAUCGUACUUUAAGUCGUGUGACAAGGACGACGAAAAAGUCAAAUUAAUCUGCUCCCAGCUGCAAGAUCCCAAAGUGAGGGCGACGUUUAUGUUCCUGGAGCAAGCCCUGAAGCCUCUGCACACUUUCCAAAAACAUCUGCAGACACGUGAUGGAGCUGCUCGAGCUGAUAUGCUGCGCAUCCUGGAAGAAGCCAGCAGCCUGUUGUGCACCUACUCCGCCUACUUCCUACAUCCUCAAGCUGCUGUUCGCUUCAUCAAAGAACGUGACGUCCAAAUCCUCAAGAACAAGAAGUUCCACCUGUCGAGCCCUGAGCUCAGUCUGGGUGGGAAAGCUGUGGAGGACUUCCUGAAUGAGUCCGAGGCUACAGAGGAGCUGCCACUGUUUAAAGAGCAGGUGUUGUCCUUCUACAUCGCCCUCACAGGUUGUAUCGCAGAGGAGCUGCCUCUAAGCGAGGGGGUGCUAAAGAGUGUAGCUCACCUGCUGAGCCCCCAGAGCAGGCUGAAAGUGACGGGGAAGGCGGUAGAGGAGCUUGGGACCAGGCUGGGAAUCUGCAGCUCCCCUGAGGAGGUCAACCAGCUCACGAGUGAAUUCCUUGAGUAUCAGCUGCCCGAGGAAGGAGAGAAGGAUAACUCAGCAGUGGUUUCACUGGAGAAACACUGGGCCAGCAUACUGAAGGACACCAAGCCGACCUCACUCUUAAGGAAGCUUGUUUUGACGCUGUUAUCCUUCCCCUGUCCUCCACUUGACCCUCCGCUGGUUUUUACUCAGGCCCUGGAGAGUGAAGAUGCUCUACAGUUCUCCGAGAGCGAAGCCUUAACAGAAAGUGAGUGUGAUGCCAUGUCUGACUGCGCUCUCUCAGACAGCACCGGCAACCCGCUUUACACUGAAGUGAAGCCAUGUGAAGUCCGCCUCACAAAGUUAAAUCGGCUAAAGAAUGACAAUUGCACCUGGAAAGAGGGGACCACUAGGGGCGGUUUUGGCUGGGACAGCAGCUUACGCCAGAAGCCACAAGCCCGUACAGUGUUUCAGGCUGGUGCUAGCAACUGGGCCAAACCUGUAGAUCUUGAUAUGGACCACAAAAAGGGUCUGGAGUCCCAAGAUGAGGUGACAGAAGAGUCAUCACCGGCCAGUACACCAACACCAAGAGGACGACGGAAACAUGCCUACCAGGAUGGGAAAGGCUUUCUGUCAGGGAAACUGGUGUGGGGGAAAGUGAAGGGGUUCUCCUGGUGGCCUGGGUUGGUGGUGCCUUGGAAAACCAAGUCAUCUCCCCCGGGUAUGCGGAGAGUGGAGUGGUUCGGAGACGGGAUGUUCUCAGAGAUCUACACAGAGGGUCUGCUUUCAUUUAGUGCCUUCAACAAGUGCUUCUGCAAAAAUUCUUUCGCCAGCUUGCCGACCUACAAGGAAGCCAUCUACCAGAUCAUUGAGCUGGCAAGUGAGCGAUGUGGAAAGUCUUUUUCCAAGGCGGACGGAAACAAAGAAAAAGAGCUGAAGUUGAUGCUGGACUGGGCUUUUGGAGGAUUUCUGCCUACAGGACCUGAAGGAUUUACACCUCGUAAUGCUCAAUCUCAAGAUUCUUCGGACUCUUCCGCCCUGUCGGACUACCAGCCUCCAGCAAAAAGGAAAUAUGUUUUUAAAAAUAAGCCGAAUGCAGCUGUCGUCACCUACAGCAGAGAACUGAUCACUGAAAAGCUCAAAGAGAAAGGCAGCAAAAUUGAAAAUCUUUGUUUGUCUUGUGGAUCGUCUGAGGUUGAAGUGCAGCACCCGUUGUUUGAAGGUGGUCUUUGUCUAAGAUGCAAGGAGAACUUCACAGAGACGCUGUAUCGCUACGAUGAAGAUGGCUACCAGUCGUACUGCACCGUGUGCUGCGCCGGGUUAGAGGUCAUCCUGUGUGGCAACGCCAGCUGCUGCAGAUGUUUCUGCAAAGACUGCCUGGACAUCUUGGUUGGUCCGGGGACCUUUGAGAAGCUGAAGGACGUCGAUCCGUGGAGCUGCUACAUGUGCUGCCCUUCAGAGUGCCGUGGAAACCUCAAACUCAGGCCAAACUGGAGUGUUAAAGUUCAAGACUUCUUUGUCAACAACAGCGCCCUGGAGUUUGAGCCUCACAGAGUUUACCCCUCCAUCCCUGCUGAUCAACGCAGACCAAUCAAGGUGCUCUCGCUUUUUGACGGCAUUGCAACAGGAUACCUGGUGCUCAGAGACCUCGGCAUUACGAUGGAGCGCUACAUCGCUUCAGAGAUUUGCGAGGACUCGAUCGCUGUGGGGAUGAUCAAGCACGAGGGGAAGAUCGAAUAUGUCAACGAUGUUCGUACCAUCACGAGGAAACACCUGGCUGAAUGGGGUCCAUUUGAUCUUCUGAUUGGAGGCAGUCCGUGUAACGACCUGUCGAUGGUCAACCCUCUGCGAAAAGGAUUGUUUGAGGGCACUGGAAGGCUCUUCUUUGAGUUCUACCGCAUACUGACCAUGCUGAAGCCGAAGGAGGGCGACAACCGCCCGUUCUUCUGGCUGUUUGAGAACGUCGUUUUCAUGAGUGCCAACGACAAGUCAGAUAUCUGCAGAUUCCUCGAGUGUAAUCCAAUUCUUAUCGACGCAGUGAAAGUCAGUCCUGCUCACAGAGCACGGUACUUUUGGGGAAACCUCCCUGGCAUGAACAGACCUCUCGCUACAUCUCUAGACGACAAAGUUGGCCUCCAGGACUGUUUGGAAGUCGGACGCAUGGCAAAGUUUGAUAAAGUCCGCACCAUCACAACAAAAUCUAACUCUAUAAGGCAAGGCAAGAGUGGGCCGCUACCUGUGAACAUGAACGGCAAGGAGGACUACCUGUGGUGUACCGAAAUGGAACAGAUCUUCGGUUUCCCCAAACACUACACGGACGUGAACAACAUGGGUCGGAUGCAGAGGCAGAAGGUUCUGGGUCGCUCGUGGAGCGUCCCCGUCAUCCGUCACCUCUUCGCUCCGCUGAAGGAUUAUUACAAAUGUGAAUAACGACUGUGAACCAAAGCGUCGCUCUCACAUCAGAGCGUCAGCGGUAAACCUACUGCCGUAUCCUGCCUUCAUUAUUAGAUAGUUCAGACUUCUUUGUUGUUUUUUUUAACUGGAUUUAGUAUUUCAUAUUUUGACUUUUAGAAAUGUGUGUGAGUUCACCUCCAUGAUCCACUAUCACCAGCAGGCACCGACACUUUUCAGUUAGUUUUUUUUAUAAAUGAUGGUGCUGUGAUCAAACAGUAAUGUUACUCAGAACACGGGCUUGACUCAUGAAGCAAGAUUAGACGGUUAGCCAGCUGUCUUUGGGCUUAACUCAGGUUUUUCAGUAACAUGAUUUUUAACCUCCAGAGGAUCAGAUCCAACACCUGCCAACAGCUCCGUUACUGACCGAUCAGCUCAGACAUCGGGCAUCGUGACACGAAAGACUGAGUUUACAAUAAACAUUUUUACGACACUUUUAAUGAAUGAUGAUUAUAGCUGCAUGUUAAUCACACGUGUUCAUUUUAAUUAGUAAAACAAAAAUUUAACUUUUUGCAGACUUUAAAAUACAUUUAAUAUUUUUAAAUUAACGAGUAAAUCUACUGUGUAUAAUGUGAACUGCAGUUCCUCUCAGCUCUACAGAGCAUUUUAGCGUCUUUCAGCUCUUGUUUUGGUUUUCUGAUCCGCGAUUUUACUGUUGAAUCACUGUCACCGCUCUCGUAGCGUCGAUUUCAGCUUCAACAGUGGAAAAAGCUCUAAGAGAGACCAAACCAGAGCUCAUUGACUGUCUGUACUUCCUCUCUGACCUUUACAUAUUUAUAUACAUCGACAAUAGUUUGUUCAUCGUGAGACAAAGACCAUGUUGGAAAGGCCUUUUGUAGCAAUACCUGUGCUUGUGUUCGGCCUCUGACUCGGUGAAUCCAGGUGACCCAAAGAGAGCCGUUAAACUUGCUUCAUGGUUCAGGCCCCUGGUUUCUACCUCAUCUCUGAUUUAUUGGUUAAAAAUCUGUAGUUUCACUUUUUUUUUUUUUUUUUUUAAUUUAUAAAUAUGAGAAAAUGUUAACGUUCUUUCUACACAGCCUGUGUUUGAUAGUGUUUUAUUGUAUAAUCUAAACCGGGAAUUGUGAAUCUGAUCUAAUCGUAUUCUUCAGCUAUGAUUAAUUAAGUCAAUCAACAAGCCAAUUUUCUAAUUAAAUUCAUCUCACUGUUGUGCACCAGUGAUUUUGUCCAUUAUUACCUCACUGGGUUCGCACAUUUUAUCUAUUUUAAGGAAAAUAUUUAUACAAAACCAAAAAUUGUCAGAACAACAUUUUUUUACAGCGAGCGCAUUGUUACUUCAACCUUCAGAAAUCUGUUGAUUUAAAAACACGAAUCUUCCAGAGUCAACAACAAAUACUGUAACAAGAUACUAACUCAAACAUAUACGUACAUGUACUGUAUGGAGUGUGAAUUUUUAUUUUUUAGGUUUAUUUUAUUUGAAAUAAAGUGUGAUUAAAAGAAAUGUAAAACGAAAAAUGACAAAAAGAACACAACAUAAAAAUAACACAGAAGAAGCAAAUUAGUAAUAAUAAAAUUAAAAGUAUUAGAGCAAGAGAAGAAGAAAUUAUAGAGAAAAUUAAUUCAAUUCAUCACCGUCCUCUAAUGGGGCUUUAAAGAGUUCAUAUUGGAUUCUGAAAAGUUGAUUCUUCUGUAUUUUUUUUGACAAUUAUUGGUAACACUUUAACAGGUUAUCACUCAGCAGUAAUUCGAACCCCAGCUGGGGCCUUUCGGUGGAGGAGUUUGCAUGUUCUUCCCAUAGUCCAGACAUGUUAAUAUGUUUAAUAAGAUAAUGUUGUUAAUUAGUUAUGUGCCCUGUGAUGACCUGGAAACUUGUCCAGUGUACCCUCGCCUCCAGCAGCCUAUUACUGAUGAGGAUGGAGAAUGUUUGGAUUUGCGACCAAUGAUGAUGUCAAACUUUGACUUUAGGAAAUUGUGAUUUCUGAUGUUUAACAGGCCAAAAGAUUUAUUGGUAAAUCAGUAAAAUAAUUGGAUAAAAUGGCGAUGACAGUGAUGUUACAUCGGUCAGCUGUGAUGUUCAUGUAGAAAACCACUGUUAUGGUGCUUUAAACCUCAGCGAGACAUGACCCAUCAGAGUGUUUUCUAAAUGUUUCUUUUUUAAGUGCUGUUCAGGUGUCACUAAAUGCUGUUUUCAUGUUUACUUACUGUACUCAUGUUAAUGGUCAGAUGAACAGUGCUGCCUUAC